GUCGGACCUUGAAUUAACAUGAGCGAUCUACCUAACGCAAUCAGGAACAGUAGACGAUCAACUCCGCAAGACCAAUCGUCUUGUAUUACCCACUCGUUCUAGAAUACUUCCAUUCUUCCCUUUCGGCUCUGAGUUCCUAUCAAUCCCUACCCCGCUCUCCCUCUCUGCGGAAACCUACCCGUCAAGUAUGGAGAGUCACAAGGAUGCCAUCGUUUUGUUUUGUUCAUACAUCGAUAUCAUUGCCAUUAAACAUUUCUGUGCCUCUUUUGUGUUUUAAUCCCAGGGGUGAUGUCAUCAUCUACAAGAGCCAAUGCUACAAGACCAAAUAAUGCAAGGAAGCGUGUUCCCAAAGCCUGUGUAAGAUGUCGAGAUCAAAAGAUUCGAUGUUCUGGGUCGCAACCAUGUCAGCAAUGUGAUAAGAGGGGGUCAGUGUGUCAAUUUGAUGAUGAAUCACGUAAAGUUGUUGUCUCAAGAGGGUAUAUCAACCGUCUCCAAGAGAGGUUGGCGGCCUUGGAGAGCAAGUCAGAAGAGCACUCCCUUCUUGAGGCUACCGCUGGCCGGUCACGGAGCAUCGAUUUGAGUGAUCGUAUGCCAAUAUCUACCGAGAGCAAGGGGAUCUCAGAACAAGUGAUAAAGACUUCAGCUUCAAUAUCGCCAUAUGGAACAGCAGAGGCACAAGAUCAACGACAACUCAAUGGCGAAGGCAAAGCUCCCCUCACGAAUCCAUUAGCCUUCCACACGUAUGACUUUGUUCCAAGCGUCACAGGACACAUCCUUUUCAUGGGAACAUCAUCAAAUUGGUCCUUCAACAAGCGAGUCUUGACCAUGACCCACGAACGUGUCAAAGGCCGUCCAUUAUCAAUGCACAAUCUGCACUUCGCCGGCACUGAGGGAAAGGUCUUCGAUCUAAGAUGGGAUGGAACUAGAAAGUUGACUGCACAGGAUGCUCCAGACAUGUCUGCCCUGCCAACUAAAGACUUUGCUCUGUAUCUCAUCAACUCGGUCAAGUUUCACUGCGGUUGGCUGUACAGCCUAUUUGAUGAGGACAUCUUCAUGGAACGCUUCCGUCUGUUCCAUGAGAACCCUACUGAAUAUUCCCGUGCAGAACCUUUGUGGUUCGUUCACUACCUUCUUGUCCUGGCGUUUGGGAAGGCUUUCGUGGUUCAAUCAACCAAGUCGAGACGGCCUCCUGGAGGUGACUUCUUCAUACAAGCCAUGAAGCUCAUGCCCGAUUUCAACUUCUUUGAUUGCGAUAUCAUAGAGGAGAUGCAGGUUCUUUGCUGCGCUGCUUUAUAUCUGCAAUCUGUGGAUCACAUACAACAGGCAUAUCGUCUGGUCUGCUCCGCACUUCGUCAUGGCUUGGAACACGGUAUGCAUACUGAGAUGCAAUCCGAUGCUCUUGACGCAGCUUACGUACAGAGAAGCCGACAUGUGUUCUGGACACUCUAUGUUCUCGAACGCCAUCUGAUUUCGCUUCUGGGACUUCCGCUCAGCAUAGCUGACGAGAUGAUAAGCGCACGCUUUCCCGAGUUCCCAGGACAACCGCAAAAGCUAGAGGCUCUGAAGAUACAUGUUGACUUCUGCAGGGUUCUUGCAAAGAUAAAUCAGACCGUUUACGGCCUUGAAGGAAAGCUUGACAGUCGAUACCUGGGCGCUACCCAGUCUGUUCUCAAGAGUAUCGCUACUGUAACAGAACGAUUGAAUAAGUCCUUUGAGAUUCAGGCAAGCGAGGGGAUGGCUGGCAUAUCACGAAUAUCAGCACAUCUUCAUUUGAUGCAACACCAAUGCAUCAUUCUCACUACGAGACCACUGCUAUACACGUUCCUGCUUUCCAGGCUUGGUCACUUAGAGGUAGCUUUGAUGCAUUGGCUACAAUCAGAGAGUGUGAAAGGGCUAGUCCAAAUGUGCACCGAGUCGGCUCAGCAGAUUUUGAGGAUCCUCUCCAGUCUUUCUGAGCAAGGACUCUUAGGUCAGUUCUCCGGUACCAGCUUUUAUUUGAGUGUGCUACUUAUUCUCGGAUAGAAACAUUCCUGAAGUUCGAUCAGGACGCCGCCUUCAGUGCUACAAUCGCACUGCUCAUGGCUGCUGCGAUCGACUCAUCGCUACUACCAGACCAUACUCCCUGGACGCAACGCGCCUACGGUCUCUUCGACGAAAUGAACUCGAGAGGCAAUCUUGUGGCCAACAUGGUGGCUGCUGAACUGAAGCAACUAGAAGACUUACUCAAAGGCUUCCUCGCCAACAAUGACUCGAGGCCCGUGGUUGCAACACAGGGCCCAAACACGCCUCGACAGGGUUUUAUGAAUGACAUAGACAGUGGCACAGGCUCUGUCACUGAUUAUGCCGAGCCUUUCAGUUUCGAGUCGGAUGAUGACCUUGGAUUGGGGCUGAACUAUGAACUUAGUGCGGAACAGCUGCUGAAUAUUGCCAAUUCGCUGGAUAUUGAUAGCUUGACAUGGCCAUGGCCGGAGGAUCCGAUGGCGGAGGAUGUGGACGGUGUGUGAGCGUCGAAAAGUAUAACUUGAAUACAAACAGUAUAAUCUAGAUUCAUCAUUGCGUGUCUUGUAACGCUGGGU